AUGGACUGCAACCUCUCUAACAACAACAACAACAACAACAACGGCGGUAACAACAACAACAACGGAGGUAACAACAACAACGGAGGUAACAACAACAACGGUGGCAACAACAACAACGGUGGCAACAACAACAACAACCAGAACAAGAACGCAGGCAACAACAACGCCGCCAACGGCCAAGCCAUCGCCGGCAUCACCGCCCCCGCUGUUACCGACUCCGGAGACGGCUCACGCCCCUUCGCCGUGAAUGGUGCUACUUUCGUCAACAAGGCCGCCGCC